GUGUCUUCCGUUUCAUGCACAUGUUACUUCCGUUCCCGCUAAUUUGUGUUUGGGUCGAUGUGCUUUUAAGAAAGUUGAGAAUCAGUAAUUAACACAGGAAAGCACCCAAAGAGCCAAAAUGCAGUUGUCAUAUUGUGAAUUCCAUACUAUACAGGAUCUAAUCUGUGCCUCUGAUGUCCAUCUUGAUCUGAUCACUUCUUGAUGUUGACACAGAGACUUGCUUGCCGAUGUCGGCGUCACUAACAGAGGAGGGUCUGGACCCCGGGUUAGUGAUAUCUACCGUAGAGGAACAGAUCAUCGAGGAUCAACAGGCUGCUAAGGAAAUCAUACUCUGUCCAGAAAUACAGUUUGUCCAACAGAAGUCUCAGCCUGCCAAAGAGAAGGACAUUGUUAUCUUCCCAAAGUCACGGCAGUACUACGCCAAGAUGUCAUUGGUUGAUCUGGGAAAGAGGCUCCUGGAGGCCGCCAAGAGGGGAGAGACGGAUGACGUCCGUACACUUAUGUCUAAUGGUGCUCCAUUCACAACAGACUGGUUAGGCACCUCCCCACUACAUUUUGCGGCCCAGUUUGGUCACCUAGAGACCGCCGAGGUUCUCCUAAGGGCGGGGAUCAGUAGGGACGCCCGGACAAAGGUUGACAGGACGCCCCUCCAUGUGGCCUCUCAGGAAGGUCACUCUGACAUUGUGGAUCUACUGGUCCAGCACGCGGCGGAUGUGGAUGCCAAAGACAUGCUUAAGAUGACCCCCUUACAUUGGGCCACAGAAAAGGGACACGCCCACGUUAUGGAGGCCCUGAUCAAGCAUGGAGCAGACACAACGUGUGAAAACAAGUUUGACAGAACUCCUUUAGAUAUUGCCAUUGGAAAUGGCCGAGCGGACCUCGUACAAAUAUUACAGCUAGCUCAGCACACACAUAUAGGCAGUAUGGGAGAUGAUGAGACUGUCACCAUAGAAACCACAGAGGUGGAUCCAGAAAAUAUUGAGGAGACGGUGACAGUGUCUUCAGACCUGGAUGGCAAACACGACAGUCAGGAUCAGACGAACUCCUCCGUGCUGGCUACCCUAGCAGCUCUGGCUGAAGCCACAGCCCCAAACACCAGCACACAGGUGACGACGGCGAACACUGAUGCGAUGUCGUGGUUGGAGAGUCAGGGAAUCACCAUGAUAACCACCACAGAGGGCGGAAUCAUCUCCUCAGCGAUGGAGAGCGGCCAAUCAAUAGCCCUCACUGAGGCUGGUAAGAUCGCGCUGACCAACAUCAUCAAACAGCAGGGUCUGUCUGCGGGGACACUGAUCUCCCAGGACGGGGUGCUAACUGAGGACGGGAUAGUGACCGAGGAUGACACCGUGGUCACCCAGGAGACGUCGAUCCUUGGGGCGGGGGAUGUGAUGGAGGGGGACGUAGAACAGGGACUGGUGGAAGAGGAUGAAGGACAGAAGGUCAUUACAAUUGUGGCAGCCACAGGACUUGACCAGGACCAGGAGGGGCUAGGAGAGGUCAUGACCUCUGAAGGCAUCGUAAUGGGGGCAGGGGACGCCUCUGAUGAACAGCUGGAUUCGACUGAUGAGCCCCCAAUGAAAAAGAUGAAGGCUGAAGCUAUAGAGGAAGAUACCAGUAUAUAUACUAAUCCCAUAGAGAAAGACAAUGAAGAGGAAGUGGACCUGGACAAGGAGAGUCUGCGUCGGCAGUUGGAGGAGAUGCAGCGACAGGCGGAAGAGUACAAGCUCCAGCUACAGCAGAAGGAGGAGGAGGCGGCCGCGUACAAAAAGAAGCUUGACGAGAGCAUCAUCACCACCGAGGAGACGUAGGGGUCGGGGAUCAAAGACAUCUGUGGGGGGCGUGACCUCGCAGGAAGGCUCUGACUCUUGUGUUUUGUGUGUGUUUAUGUCAAGCCGUUGCUUAGAUGUAAGAAGACUUUGGUAUGGAU